GCCAUAGUACCGCGAGAGUCCCGUUGGACAGGAGGUUCAUCAUGGCAGGCAGCAAGUUGGUACUGGAAGGAAGAGUUAGUGUGAAAGCCUUUGUUUUAGGACUCAGCGUAGUCACAAUCCCGCUUAUCCGAACCUUUUUUGGACAUAUAGAUUGGGUCUUUGACUAUCUCACGGAAACUCCUGGGAAAAUUGCCAUUUGUCUGCAUGUAGCGCUGAUCAAUGGCCUCCUGCUCGUCACGUACAGGGGACCUCUGUAUAAGGUUGCUCUGAGGGCCUCCUUCUUGGGACUGGUGUUUGGUUCUGGUCUGAUUAUAAGUCUCUCUGAAACCAGCUGGACCCACUUUGGCUGGUACAUGUGCUCUCUGUCCUUCUUCCACUACUCGGAGUAUCUGGUGACAGCCCUGAUUAACCCUCGCAGCCUGUCUCUGGACUCAUUUCUGCUUAACCACAGCCUGGAGUACAGCUUGGCUGCUCUCUCCUCAUGGCUCGAGUUCACUGUGGAGAAGCUCACUGUCCCAGAGCUGAAGCAGCUGACCUGGAUCAGUGUGGUGGGGCUGUUCAUGGUGCUGUGUGGUGAAGCGCUGAGGAAAGCUGCUAUGUUGACUGCUGGCUCCAACUUCAACCACAUUGUCCAGAAUGAGAAAGCCCAAAGCCAUGUCCUGGUCACCAGUGGGGUCUACGCCUUCUUCAGACACCCCUCCUAUGUAGGCUGGUUCUACUGGAGUAUAGGCACGCAGGUGAUUCUCUGUAACCCAGUGUGUAUCGUGGGCUACACAAUAGCUAGCUGGCGCUUCUUUCGGGAGCGCAUUGAGGAGGAGGAGCUGUCCCUGAUUCACUUCUUUGCUGAGGAUUAUGUGGAGUACAAGAAGAAGGUGCCCACAGGACUGCCCUUCAUCUCAGGCAUCCGUGUGAACUAAUGCCUCCUGGCUCUACACGGACACAUCACUUGUGCACUUUGCAUGUCUGAGCUCAUGUUCCACAGACUAUAGUGGUGCACUGCAGAGCACACUGAGCAUCUCUACAGCUGCCUGUAGCAAAGGACCGGAGUAGCUGGGAGACCACAGCUUUGACAAAGGACUUCUAUAGUUUUGUCUUUGUCUUUGUCCUUUAGAGAAAGUCAGUUAUACAAGUGCACACUUCAGACUUGUAGCUCUAGCCUCUGUGGCUCUCAGGUCAUGUCCACUUCACUUCACUGGAGUCUGUCUGCUGUGUGUGCAUGUGUGUGCAUGUGUGUGUGUGUGUGUGUGUGAGGAGGUGAGGAUUGGGACAUUGUGUGAGGGUGUACCAAACCACAGCCAGAUUCCAAAGACAGUCUCCAGUUUGACUAUGUGUUGAUCCAGAGUCCAGAUGGAUGCACUCAGUUUGCGUCAUUCCAGUUUUAAGGGGACCCUUUGCUGUUGUAUGGUGAGCUCAUUCAAAAUGGUGACCAUUUUUUCCUGUUGUAUGAAAGAUAAAGUGCUGUAUUUAUAUAAGCAAGAUAUCUGAGGGUCGCUGGCUUGCUUACAAUCUAGGUUUACAUACAUUUUUAAUGUUCCUUAUUAUAAGAUAUGAAUAAAAAAACAAACAACUUUUC